AUGAAGGGUGGAAAGUACUUGUUGAUAUUAGAUAAUGUCUGGCAAGGUUUCGAUAUACGUGUGUUGGGUGUUCCUGAUCCAGCAAAUGGAAGCAAAGUUGUGGUCGUAAGUAGAACCCUUGAUGCAUGCGAUCCCAUGCAAACUGGCAGAAACGUCAAGGUGGAAGCCAUGUGCUGGAAAGAUGCAAUGUCCCUAUUCCUUUAUAACAAAGGGAAUGUGAUCAAACAGCUACCUAUAGAAAAAAUUGCAAUGGAGGUCCUCAGGGAGUGUGCUGGUCUGCCGAUAGCGAUCACCACAAUUGGAGCAGCCCUGAGGAACAAUGACGAUGCCGGGGUGUGGGGGGAUACUUUGAGAGCUCUGAAAAAAUGCACGGGCGAGUCCGAAGGUAUGGAGAAAAAGGAGAAGUCAUUGCAGAUAAUCCAUGCAAAGUGCUUGAAAGUUGAAUAUGUUGGAGAUGAUGGAAAACUUACGUGA